CAGGGUCGCCUUGUCAAAAGAUGAUCAGGGUCCCCGGGAACAAGCCCGGCGACAACAGGGCGCACUCCAUCGAGACUCCGGCUAUCGUCCUCUUUUUUGUUACUCUAUUCUUGAUCGGUAUUAGGCUAUGGGCUCGGUUCAAGCCAGCGUCAUGGAAGGGCCUAGGAUGGGAUGACUAUACGAUUUUGCUAUCAUGGGUCUUUGCUACUGUGGUUUCGGCACUCAUGAUAGCCUCAUGUGCCUAUGGAUUCGGCCAACAUAUCCGAAACCUCUCGAGGGAGAAUAAACUCAUGACUUUGAAGCUCUUUUACGUAGCCCAAGCCUUUUACAAAAUCACCAUCAACCUCACCAAAACCUCCAUCCUGCUCCUCUACCUGCGCAUCUUCGUCCAACGAUGGUUCCGCAUUGCCUGCUACAUCCUCAUAGGCAUCAUCAUCGCCUACAUGAUCGCCACCUUUGGCGCCUCCGUUUGGCAAUGCACGCCCGUCGCUCGCGCCUGGGACAAAUCCAUUCCUGGAACCUGCGUCGACAUCACGGUCAACUGGUACGCCAACGCCGGCUUCAGCAUCAGCACGGAUAUCCUCAUUCUGGCGCUGCCCAUGUACCCCAUCUUCACGUCGCACCUCCGCAAGACGCAGAAGGUGGCGGUGGUGCUCAUGUUUGCUCUUGGUUUCUUCACGACGAUUACGAGUAUUUUGAGGAUGCAGACCUUGACUUUUUCGACGAAGACGCCUGAUACGACUUACGACCUCGACUCCUCAAUCUGGACCAUCAUCGAGCAAAACAUGGCCAUCAUCUGCGCCUGCCUGCCCGUCUGCCGCCUCCCACUCGCCUACCUCUUCCCCAAAUACUUUGCCAUCUCCCGGCGCGAACAACAACGCACCGGUCCCGAAGGGGACAUUGGCCACCGGGAGAUCUCUUCCCAAUCCGAGCUACGAAGCUGGCAAGGUCCGCAUCAGCACGACGUCGCCAUCGAAGCCGGUGUUGGUGUUGGUGGUAUCGGUCUCAGCAGAUCGCCGCGCCAUCAGCAUCAGGGGGGCGGCAUGUUUGUUGAGAUGGACAGGAAAUACAGCAGCACCACGGGGUCUUCUGGACGCCGCCACCGCCACCGCCGCCCGUCAGCUUCGGGGUCUGUUUCGUCUGAUGAUGAUGAUGAUGAUGAUGAUGUGGAGAGAAAGAUAUCGUCGACGACGGAUGUGGGCAGAGUGACGACUGUUUAUCAACGGGAUAGGGUGUCGACAGAAGAUGAUGAUAAGAUGGUGAUGGUGACGACGACGGGGGAUGCGACUAGCGAAGAUACCAUUCUUCAUGUGUCUUCUGUGUCGGCGGCGACGACGAUGUCGAGAUCAAACUCAAGGCUGGGCAUAGGGUUGAGAGACAGGGAUCGAUCAGCAGAUAGGAUGAACCAGGUGGGAGGGGAAGGCAGACCGGGUGGCGGGAUUCAGAUGACUACGCAGUUUAGUGUUACUUAUGAUCAGCGAUAGAUCAACCAAGGUACCUCUACGGAAGGGUAGUAGAGGUAGAGGUAAGGUGGAGGUGGGUAAUAAUGGGCCGGAUGGGGUGAUGGGUUACACUUUCAUGGGACUUGGCUAUGUCUGCCUGUUGUUAUUGUCCGAGCAAUGUCUUGCAAUUUAAUGGGCAAGUAGUGAAUUGUAAUGUAACUCUAGUAUUCCUAUGUCAUCAUGUACCUAGCUGAGAAAUCGUGAGUGA